AGUUAUUCAUGCACUGAGUCAAAGAGGGUGGAGACUUGCAGCAGUGUACCACUCAUUGCACUCUCGUCAGUUUACUUUUCCUCUUUCUCUCCCUUUCUCUCUUUUCCUGGCUGCCCCGCUGUGCUGAUGCUGCUCUAGUCUGCCUGCUCUGCCGCCUGCUGACCGCCUGCCAGCCCUUCUCUUCCGUACUGCCACUACAGAGAACUUCACAACCACACCUGGCCUGAGAUUAAGUGAGAAAUUCAUCUGAGCCUGAUAUUUGGGCUCUCGUAAUCAAGUGACAAACAUGCUUCAGGGUAUCCAGGACUUGGGCUCACAAGCCAUGGAUCUCUACAACCAUCUUGUAGCUGGAGUCGAUCCACGGAUUAAAUCACAUCUUCUCAUGCAGAGUCCAGUUCCCAUGACGAUAAUUUUGCUGUGCUACCUGUUCUUUGUACUGUACCUGGGACCUCGCAUUAUGGCAAACCGGAAGCCUUUUCAACUCAAAGAAGCCAUGAUAGUCUAUAACUUCAUACUUGUGGGCCUCUCAAUAUAUAUUGUGUAUGAGUUCAUGAUGUCUGGUUGGGCUACAACUUAUACAUGGAGAUGUGAUGCAAUUGAUACCUCCAACAGCCCUCAAGCACUAAGGAUGGUCGAUGUAGCAUGGCUUUUCUGGUUUUCCAAGAUUAUUGAGCUCAUUGACACUAUCUUCUUUGUGCUGAGGAAAAAGCAGGGACAGAUUACUUUCCUCCACAUAUUCCACCACUCUUUCAUGCCCUGGACCUGGUGGUGGGGUGUGGGUUAUGCUCCUGGGGGAAUGGGAUCUUUCCAUGCCAUGGUCAACUCUUGCGUGCACAUUAUCAUGUAUUUCUACUAUGGGCUGGCUGCUGCUGGACCUCGCUUCCAGAAGUUUCUAUGGUGGAAGAAGUACAUGACUGCUAUUCAGCUGACUCAGUUUGUGCUGGUCUCACUCCACGCCACACAGUGGUACUUCAUGGACAGCUGUAACUACCAGUUCCCCAUCAUUAUCCACCUCAUCUGGAUGUAUGGCACCUUCUUCUUUGUGCUUUUCUCCAACUUCUGGAUCCAGGCUUAUGUAAAGGGUAAGCGCCUGCCCAAACAAGCCAUUAUGGCACAGAAUGGCACAUCACAUCACGCCAACGGCAGACACCACGAAAACGGCACAAAACACUAUGGAAACGGUACCAGCAAUGGCAACGUUUUGAUCCAUGAAAAUGGCACCAGCAACGGCUCUGCUCAUUAUGAGAAUGGCUCUGCUCCCAUGGGCAAAAUGAAGAAGGCAUAGGAUCACUGGACAGAAACUUCCAAAACAAAUGACUACAAGAACCUGACAAAAAAAAGGAUCCCAAAGAAUAUUUUGGCAAUGUUUCUGUUAAUUUUAAAUGUUAAAACGUGGGGAAAUGAUGUGGUCGAUGACUUCCACAGUUGGGGUCCCACAUGUGGUUGGGCUGUGUUUUAGUCAGAGAAACCACACAAGGAACACGAUAAAUGAAGAGAAGAUGUUUUUAUUUAAUAUUUUCUUCACUGAUGUUGAAACAGCCCUUAGUUCAGUCCUACACUGGUGGUCUUAUACUUUCACUACUUAUCCCCUCAUGUCUUCCUGACCCCCUGUGGACAGAUGACUGUACAGUUUAUAUAAAACUUGAAAAUACCUUUUUUGUAAAUACUUUUAAGCAAGCAAAAAGACUAAUCGUGUUGGUAUGCUUUUCUGAAUGUUGUAUAUUUAAUUAAAAUGGCAAUAAAUUCAAUUUUUCAUAA